AUGGGUAAUUCUUGGAACCCCCUUCACAUCAUCUUAUUGAGUGGAGGCCUACACCUACCUACAAGUGGGACAUUAAUAACUGGAGCAUUGAAUGUUCAGGCUGUUGAUCAUACUUCUAGUGAAGAGAAUGUGAUAAGGACUAUUUUUUGCGGAACACCUGCCAUUCUAAAUGUUUGUUCACAUGUUGUUAUUGUGUUCCGAAUCAGAUUCUGUGUAAGGCAUACUCCUGUACAUGAAGAUGGUAUAGUAUACGAGCAUAUGUCAACACCAUACGAUGGGAAAGAAGCUCCUGAUAUUCCAAUAAUCACUGGUCCGACGUUUAUACUUGAUGGUAACUCUGUAACGUUAACAUGUACAUCAACAGGUGGCAAUCCUGCACCCACAGUAUAUUGGUACCGUGUAAAUAAGUUGUUAGAUAAUUCAUACAACACUACUAAUGGAGUUACAACAAACACAUAUAACUUUGUUGCCAACGGAAGUCAUCACAUUGCUGUAUUUGAAUGUCGGGUUAAUAGUCCAGAUUUAGAGAGUUAUCUGAGCGCAACAUGGUACUUCCAAGUUUACAUCGAACCAAAUCAACCGACGUUGACUGGAUCUCAAUCUCUUUUAACUGGCACUACAUAUCAAUGGACGUGUAUAAGCACAGGAGGGAAUCCUUCGCCAACAAUUACUAUGAGGAUCGGCAACAGUCAAUUCAGUACUGGUAUCACACAAUCGUCAGUAAUACAGUCAGAUAAUACCCAUACUGUUACCUCAUCACUGUCAUGGACACCAAGUAUCAGUAACAAUGGUCAGACACUUUAUUGUGAUGUACAACAUCAUGAAACACGGGGAAAUAGCCUCCAGACAGUCAGUCUUCAAUUAACAGUUAUUGACCCGUUAUCAGUGAAUGCCCCUCAAACACUGUAUCAAAAUAAUGUUGGCACUCUUGUUGUCUUGACCUGCCAAGUUAUCGGAACAGCAACAUAUAUCUCUUGGUACUUUAACAAUCAAGUGCUUAAUAUUGCUUCUUCUUCGAAAUAUUCCAACGGCAAUACCAUCAACCCAUCAUUGACUAUAUCAAACGUGGCUUUGGCUGAUGGGGGACAAUAUUACUGUCAGGCAACCAAUGGAUUAACCACAGCCAACUCCAAUACUAUAACAUUAACAGUUCUAGCACGCAUACCAGUAGUAACAGUUUCUCAGCCGACCUACUCAGAAACUACCGGACAGUCUGUUACCUUACAAUGUACAGUCUCCUCACCAGAUAGCACUCUUCAGUCUGUAUCGUGGAUUUUUAAUAACGGUGCAUCUUCCAAUAUAAUAACACAAUUCAGCAAUACAACAAAAUAUAGAGGAAUAACAACUAUCGUGCCGUCUCUCACCAUAUUGAAUCUAUCAUCAACAGAUAUCGGAACAUAUACAUGCACAGCAACAAACGCUAUAGGAACAGGACGUAGCAGUGUAACCACACUCAGUGUUACAGGAAGUAUACCAACUGUUAAUAUUCAACAGUCGUCAUAUAAUAUAAACUAUGGUAGUUCUAUUGUCGUUGUAUGUUCCGUCACAGCAAAUCCAACUCAUACAACAGUAUACUGGCGAAAGAUAAAGAAUGGCGUUACCACAGAUUUAAAUGUAGUUAACAGUAACAACAAGUACAGUGGUUCAACAGUCAGUAACCCGUCUCUACAGAUAAAUAACGUGGAUUUUAAUGACGAAGCCUAUUAUGUUUGCUUAGCUUCCAAUAGUGUUGGUUCAGGACAAAGUUCGCAAACUUUCCUAGAUGUCAUUGGAAACUUACUUACUGUUACCGUUCCUCAGUCAUCCUACAGUGUUUUGAUUGGUCAACAGGUAACCAUACCUUGUACUGUUACCGGGACUCCUAUUCAGACUAACCUGUUCUGGAGAAAGGUGGUAAAUGGUGUUCCAACUAACGUAGAUAUAAAUGGUAACAGUAGAUAUUCUGGAGGUACCACCUCAAGUCCAUCGUUGACAAUAACCAACACUCAGCGAUUAGAUGAGGGAACUUACGUGUGCUAUGCUUCAAACACUAUUGGGACAUCAAACAGUCAAAAUACAUUUCUAGACGUUACUGGAGGGGUCCCAAUAGUACAAGUUAGCUUUCUUAGGUACCAAAUUAACUUUGGUAGUUCGAUAGCUCUUGGAUGUUCAGUUGUUUCAAACCCUGCCCACUUACAAGUUUACUGGCGGAAGACUUUAGGUGGAACAACAUCAAAUAUCGACGUCACCAAUAGUGGCGGGAAAUAUUCUGGUUCCACACUUCUCAUUUCAUCUCUGACUAUCAACAAUGCUGCAUUAAGUGAUGAAGCAAACUACACAUGUUAUGCCACAAACAUUGUGGGAACUGGACAGAGUGCAACUACCUCAUUAGAUGUUGUCGGUAACUUACUAACUGUUACCAUUCCACAAUCAGCAUACAGUGUUUUGAUCGGUCAACAGGUAACCAUACCUUGUAAUGUUACCGGAACUCCUAUUCAGACUAACGUGUUCUGGAGAAAAGUGGUCAAUGGUGUUCAAACUAACGUAGAUAUAAAUGGUAACAGUAGAUAUUCUGGAGGUACCACCUCAAGUCCAUCGUUGACAAUAACCAACACUCAGAGAUCAGAUGAGGGAAUAUACUUGUGCUAUGCUUCAAACAAUAUUGGGACAUCAAACAGUCAAAAUACAUUUCUAGACGCUACUGGGGAUAUACCAACUGUUAAUAUACAACCAUCGUUAUAUAAUGUCAAUUAUGGUAGUUCUGUUGUCCUUGUAUGUUCCGUCACAGCAGAUCCAGAACAUACAAGAGUUUCAUGGCGAAAGAUAAAGAAUGGCGUUACUACAGAUAUAAAUGAAGUUAACAGUAACAACAAGUACAGUGGUUCCACGGUCAAUAACCCGUCUCUACAAAUAAAUAACGUCAAUUUUAAUGACGAAGGACAUUAUGUUUGCUUUGCUUACAAUAGUGUUGGCAUCGGACAAAGCACACAAACGUUCCUCGAUGUCUUUGGAGAUAUUCCCGUGGUUACUUUACCUUCCAACGUCUAUUCGGUACCGCUUAGCGGUACAGUCACAUUGCAAUGUACAGUUACCUCUAACCCAUCCCAUACCUCUGUCACGUGGCAAAGGAUCGUUAGCGGCGUACUCACUACAGUUACAGUUGAUGGAUCCAGAAUAAUUGGUAGCACUGUCAGUACACCAUCUCUUACUAUCAGUAAUGCUGUAUCUGGUGACGAGGGAAAUUAUAUCUGUACUGCUACCAAUAUUGUGGGAACCGGAUCCAGUCAACAGACAUUCUUAGACGUCACAGGUGACAUUCCUACAGUUAUUGUUGGUCAGAAUCUAUACUACGGUAACUACGGACAAACUGUUACAAUGAUAUGUACAGUACAAGCUAAUCCAACAGAAACAAGUGUUUACUGGAGAAAACUAAUAAACGGACAGAUGACAAGUAUAGAUAUGAACAAUGUGCGAUAUACAGGUUCGACUGUAGGUUCACCCUCACUAUCCAUCAGUGUUUUGGAGUUGUCUGAUGAAGGAUACUACCAAUGUUAUGCCCAGAAUAUCGUGGGUACCGGAGGAAGUCAACAGAUAUUUUUAGAUGUUAUUGGAACAAGACCAGUGGUUACCAUUCCCCAUUCGCAGUAUAGUGUUACUGUUGGUUUUUCCGUUACCAUGGUUUGUACCGUAUCAUCCAAUCCUCUUCAUACCUCAGUUUAUUGGCAAAAAGUUGUAAAUGGGGUAUCGACGAACAUCAAUCUCUCUCAGACGAAUAAAUACUCGGGAUCUACGAUCUCAUCACCAUCUUUGAUUGUGUUGAAUGCUGUAAUUGCUGAUGAAGGAUAUUACACGUGUAAUGCACAGAAUAGUUUUGGCACAGGUACCAGUUUACAGACCUUUCUGGAUAUUUUUGGAAGUGUUCCUGUAGUUACAGUACUAUCAAACAUUUACUCUGUUAAUGUGGGAAACUCCAUCACAUUACAGUGUACUAUAAGUGCUAAUCCAUCAGCGACAAGUGUCACGUGGCAGCGAUACAUCAAUAAUGUAGCAACGAAUAUUAACAUGUCUAGUGGUCGUUACGGCGGAAGUUCUGUAGGGUCACCUUCUCUGGUCAUACGUAAUACGGUUUCGUCAGACGAGGGGUUCUAUAUAUGUACAGCUACGAACAGUGUUGGAUCUGGACAAAGUCAACAAAUAUUCUUUGAUGUUAUAGGAAACAUACCUGUUGUUAUAACGCAUACAACAUCCUAUAGAGUAAAUAUUGGUGCUUCUGUUACCUUAACAUGUACCGUGACAGCUAAUCCACAGCACACUAGCGUCUACUGGCAGUAUAUAUCUGGUGGUUCAUCUACAAAUGUGAACAUAGGUGGAAGAUUCAGCGGAUCAUCCAUUAGCUCCCCAUCCCUGACCAUAUCCAAUGCACAGUUAUCAGACCAGGGAACAUAUGUUUGCUUUGCUACAAACAGCGUUGGAACAGGACAGAGUACCCAAGUUGUAAUGGUUGUUACUGGCAAUGUUCCUAGUGUAAGCCUCACUCAGACAUCUUUUACUGGUAACUUUGGAGAUACAAUUACAAUUGGUUGUACUUUAUCUGCUAAUCCCGGUGUUACCUCUGUUUACUGGCAGAAAGUUUCAGGAAGUAUAACUUCAACUGUAGACAUGUCUAACUCCAGAUAUACUGGAUCAUCUGUCAGUACACCAUCCCUAACCAUAACUAAUCUCAAUAGUAAUGAUGCUGGGAAUUAUAUAUGUUUAGCAGCUAAUUCUGUUGGAACUGGACAGAGUAUACAAGGGCCUUUAACGGUUAUUGGAAAUGCACCUACAUCCAUGGCCAUUAGUCCCAGUCCAAUAACUGCAAAUGAAGGCCAGACAAUAACGGCAACAUGUACAGCCCUAGGCAGUCCAACGAUAACAUACACCUGGUUUAAGAGCAAUACCAAUACACAGUUGUCAACAGGCUCUGUCCUUCAGAUCGCAUCCCCGACACGGACAGAUGCUGGAACGUACCAAUGUAGGGCUUCCAACACCUAUGGAAAUGCUGACGCAGUGGUAACUUUCGAUGUUCAGUAUAUGCCAGAUGUUACUAUCACACAGCCGUCUCAAGGAUUUCGAGGACAGGUUGUUACAAUACAAUGCUUCUACGUUUCUAACCCUGUAGCUACUAAUAUUAUAUGGAGUAAAGGAAACCAAGACAUUACAGUUGAUGGUAACAAAUACGUCGGUGGUACCUUGUCCAAUCCUAGUCUUACUAUCACUAACCUAGCUUCUUCUGAUCAAGGAUUAUACAGAUGUUCAGUAGUGAACUCCGUUGGACAAGGAGAUUCAUCAUAUGUCACUCUUUCGGUUGAUACAUCAAUUGCAUCAUCGUAUAUACGAAUAGUACCAGCAGCUGUUGUAGUACAAGAGGGUCAAAGUUUCACCCUGACUUGUGAGGCUGAUGGUGAUCCUGUCCCUACGUUCAACUGGUAUCAUAAAGACGUUAUGAUACAUGAAGGUGCUGUCCUUACCAUUAUCAAUUCCCUUUAUACUGAACAUGAUGGUUCGAUUAUGUGUAAAGCUACCAAUAGUAAAGGAAACAGAGAGACAGGAGUAGAUGUUGAUGUGCGAUAUAUACCAGUAAGCAUUGUAACACAGACAAGCAUAUCACAAAUAGUUGGAAAUCCUCUUCGUUUAAGCUGUGAUACACAUGCUAAUCCAUCAGCUACCGCAUGGCAAUGGUUUUACAAUGGUAAUUCCUUAUCGUCUUCCAGCAAAGUCCUGGUUAUAAAUACAGAUUCCACUAGUGCAACUGGAGCAUAUACAUGUAGAGCUACAAACAGCAUUGGAACAUCACGUAACAUUACAUUCAACGUUGCUAUUGUAUCAGGGACCGUUGCUGGACCUGAUGCAGCAGUUAUAUUUAGUGACUCGUCGAAGUUGUCUAUUGGAGAAAUAGUCGCAAUCGUCUUAUCUAUUCUAAUUUUGAUACUGUUUUUCAUCGUUGUAUGCUGUUGUUGCAAAGGUUAUUGUGCUCCCUUGUGUGGUAGAAAGAAAGUUAAAGUUACUCCACAAGAGGCUCAUAAGAGAGUCGAGAAACAAUUGUACAACAACGAGCCACCACCGGGAUCGGUUUUUUAUCUCCAUAAAAUACAAAUACCCAAAUUGUACGAGAUUACAAGACAGUCUGAUGAAUACGAUAUUACUAAGUUCAUAUACAUAACGCCUGGAGAUGAUGAACAACUUCUGACAUUAGAUUAUGCCAAAGACAACCCGUCUGUAUCAGCUACUAGAACACGUCAACAAUACUAUCUGACCGAUGUUGAGUAUACAAAUGAUAAGGAUGUUAAACCCAAACGACAAAAGGAAAGAGGAAGAAAACAUUACGAACGUCUUCACGAUGAAGAAUUGCUUGACAACGAAAUUUUCGUAGAAGAAAGAAGAGAAAUUGUGAGGGGUUAG